AUGCUUCAACGGACUACUUUUGUACAGACCGUGCAAAAACGGCUGUUUUGUAACAGCCGUGCUGUUUGCAAGUCGUCUUCUGCAUCUUUUGUUGCUGAAGUCGACCCAUACACCGUUACGACUUACUCAAGACCGCCAAUUGUUUUCACAAAGGGAGAAGGAUGCCAUCUUUGGGAUAUGGAGGGAAAGAAGUAUAUCGAUUUUUCUGCUGGAAUUGCGGUGACCGCCCUUGGCCACUCGCACCCCGAAAUUGCGAAAAUCAUGUACGAGCAAGCUACCACUCUUGUUCAUAGCUCUAACUUGCUUUACAACCAGUGGACUGGUGAAUUGAGCAAACAGUUGGUUUCGAAGACUUUGGAGUCAGGAGGUAUGAAGAAUGCGUCCCGUGUUUUUAUGGCCAACUCUGGUACUGAAGCUAAUGAAGCUGCACUGAAGUUUGCAAGAAAAUAUGGCAAAUCGUUUGCUGAUAAUAAAAUCGAGUUUAUUACUUUCGAAAAUUCUUUCCACGGACGGUCUAUGGGUUCGCUUUCGGUGACCCCAAAUCCCAAAUACCAAAAACCAUUUGCACCUCUCAUUCCUGGAGUGAAAGUUGCAAAACCCAACGAUAUUAAAUCCGUGGAAAGUGUGAUCUCCGAUAAAACGUGUGGAGUGAUUAUAGAGCCAGUCCAGGGAGAAGGUGGAAUAUUUCCUAUGAAUUCUGACUUUAUGGUUCAGCUUAGAGAGUUGUGCAAUAAGCAUAAUGCGCUUUUGAUAUACGAUGAGAUCCAAUGUGGAUUGGGCAGAUCUGGAAGACUUUGGGCGCAUUCCAAGUUGCCAGAAAGCGCUCACCCUGAUAUACUUACCAUGGCUAAGGCUUUGGGUAACGGAUUCCCUAUUGGUGCAACUAUGGUUACCGAAGAAGUUGAAAAAGCUUUGAAAGUUGGUGAUCAUGGAACCACUUAUGGUGGAAAUCCAUUGGGUGCUCGAAUUGGUUUAUACGUGCUGGACAAAGUUUCCGAUCCUGAAUUUUUGCAACAGGUUGAGAAAAAGUCUGAAUUGUUCAAGGUGAAACUCAGCGAACUGAGCGAGAAGUUUCCCGAUCAAAUCAAAGAUAUCAGAGGGGAAGGCCUUUUACUUGGCGUGGAGUUGAACCAAGACCCAUCACCAGUGGUUAAAAAAGCCAGGGAGCUUGGACUGCUGGUUAUCACCGCCGGUAAUAACGUUAUCAGAUUUGUUCCUGCUCUUAACAUCGAGGACUCUGACAUUAUCGAUGGUCUCGACAUCUUGGGUAACGCUUUCCAAGAAACAUUUAUUAAAUAA